AUGGAUAAACAAAAACCUUUUGAUGAUGAUUUCGAGACUAAAAUAAUGGCUCUGGAUUAUGAUUCAUUAGCACAAAUAUUUAUGUGGCUUCCAGUAUCCCAGAGGAUAGUCAUGGAAAAUGUUUGUCACAAAUGGAAAGAGGCUUGUCGACAAGCAUGGUACGACAUCAAAAAAUACAAAUGUGAUGUAUCAAUUGAUGAUGAUUAUAAGAACCGUUUAUUAACACAAUCAUUUGUUGAAAAAAUAUUAUUACGAUGUGGUGCUUAUCUGAAAGAAUUUACUCUUACUGAAGUUUGCAACUCAAGCAUGAUUAUUUCAAUCGUUGGUGAACGAUGCAAAAACUUAACAAAACUCGAAUUUGUAUUUGACGGAACAUCAAGAAACUUAAAUAAAUACAAAAAUCUUCAAAGUUUAACAAUACGUUUCUGCAAUCUGGAUAAUAUUAUUCAAGACAUAUCAAAAAAAUCAACACUUCGUUAUCUCGAUAUUAGAGACUCUUGGGCAUUGAAAAAAUCGUGGAUAUUCAAUGACCUUGUGAAUUUAGAACAUAUUGACUUGUUAGGCUGUUGUACGAUUAAGGAACAAAACAUUUCGGAUGUAAUUUCUAGUAUGAUUUAUACAUGCAAAAAUCUGAAACACCUUGAAUUCCCUUCUAAUUAUACAACACCAGAACCUAAAAUUUCACUUGAAAACUGGUUAAACCUUAAAAAUUUAGUUUAUCUCAGUACUUGGAAAAUUACUGAGGAUUUAGCAAUAAAAUUAGUGAAUUAUUGCAAGAAAUUAAAAGACUUGAAAAUUAAAGUUCAAUCUGGAACUGGAGCUAUUAUAAAAUUGACAGAAUUAAGAAAUCUUGAAUGUUUAAAAAUGCAUUAUCAGAAACUCACGAAAGAAGAAAUAAUUGCAAUUUCAAAUAAUUAUUUGUCAGGUAUUGAAAUACUUCAAGAUAGUACUAUUAUUCUUAUUGCUGAUAAAUGUAAACACUUGAAAUAUUUAAAUAUUGAAGGGCCGAACAAUAUUACUGAAAAUGGUUUUGAUGUUUUAACGAAAUUGGAAAAUUUGAAAGAAUUGGCGAUAGAAUACAACCAGACUAUCACAAACAAUUCUGUUGAAAAAUUAAAAGGAUUAAGAGUUUUAAAUUGUCGUGGUUGCAAGAACCUUACUGAUGCUGGUAUCAUUCAGGUCAUCAAAAAUUGUCCAGAUCUCGAACGACUUGAUCUCUGUUACAUCAAUAAUAUUACACUUGAUACGAUUAUUGCUGCUGAUUUGGCAACAAAAAAUCGUAUAAAUGAUAUUGUUUUGCAUAUACAUAUCUCUAAUUGGACGCUUCUUAAAAAUUCUAAGCCUCAAAUUGAAUCUCAAUGGUUGUUAACUAGGUUUUUCUCCACAUCAUAA